CGCUGAGCCGUGGGCCGGAGAGUUGUCGGCUGGGAAAUGGCGGCCGCGGGCUUGGUCGCUGUGGCCACGGCUGCAGAGUACUCUGGCCCUGUAGCGUCGGGAGGUAACCUCUCCGGUGUUAACUGCGGCCCAAGCUCCGGAGCAGGUACUGGUCCUGGCCCGGGUUCGUGGAGCCGCUCCCUCGAUCGAGCGCUAGAGGAGGCGGCUGUGACCGGGGUGCUGAGCCUGAGCGGCCGGAAACUGAGGGAGUUUCCCCGGGGAGCGGCCAACCAUGACCUGACGGACACCACCCGGGCGGAUCUGUCACGAAAUCGCCUCUCAGAAAUUCCCAUAGAAGCAUGUCAUUUCGUUUCUCUUGAGAAUCUCAACUUAUACCAAAAUUGUAUUCGGUAUAUACCAGAAGCAAUUCUAAACCUACAAGCUCUAACAUUCUUAAAUAUUAGUCGGAACCAGCUGUCAACAUUGCCAGUACAUUUGUGUAAUUUACCAUUGAAAGUCUUAAUUGCUAGUAAUAACAAAUUGGUGUCACUUCCAGAAGAAAUUGGACAUCUCAGACAUUUAACAGAACUUGAUGUGAGCUGCAAUGAAAUUCAAACAAUACCUUCCCAAAUUGGUAAUUUGGAGGCCCUAAGAGACCUUAACGUCAGAAGAAAUCACUUAUUACGUUUGCCUGAAGAGCUGGCAGAGUUGCCUUUGAUACGGUUCGACUUCUCCUGCAAUAAAAUUACAACAAUCCCCGUUUGUUAUCGGAACCUCAGGCACCUACAGAUGAUCACCCUAGAUAACAAUCCACUACAGUCUCCUCCCGCACAGAUAUGUAUAAAAGGCAAAGUCCACAUAUUUAAGUACCUGAACAUACAGGCUUGUAAGAUUGCUCCAGAUCUGCCAGAUUAUGAUAGGAGACCCUUGGGUUUUGGCUCCUGCCAUGAAGAAAUGUACUCAGGACGCCCUUAUGGAGCCCUUGAUUCAGGUUUCAAUAGUGUGGACAGUGGUGAUAAGAGAUGGUCAGGAAAUGAACCUACAGAUGAAUUUUCAGAUCUGCCUCUUCGAGUAGCAGAAAUUACUAAAGAACAAAGACUACGAAGAGAAAGCCAGUACCAGGAGAAUCGCAGCAGUUUAGUAGUAACAAAUGGUGGAGUGGAACAUGAUCUGGAUCAGAUCGACUACAUCGACAGCUGUACUGCAGAGGAGGAAGAAGAUGAGAUGAGACAGCCCAAGGGCCUGGACUCAGACAGCCUCAGUUCCCAGUUUAUGGCAUAUAUUGAACAACGGCGAAUCUCUCAUGAGGGUUCACCCAUAAAGCCAGUACCUCUGAGGGAGUUUCAAAAAACAGAAGACAUGAGAAGAUAUUCACAUCAAAACAGGGUUUCAUCUGAGCCAUCUUCUCUCAUGUCACUGUCACCAAGUCACAGUCAGUUAUCACAUGCAGACUUGGAAAUUCUUCGGAGAAGAGAACAAUUAGUAGAGCGUACUCGGAGAGAGGCACAACUUGCGGCCCUACAGUAUGAGGAAGAGAAAAUAAGGACCAAGCAAAUUCAAAGAGAUGCUGUCCUGGACUUUGUCAAGCACAAAGCAUCACAAAGUCCACAAAAACAGCAAUCCCCCUUAGAUGGUGAGUGUCCCUUCCCAUCCAGAAGGUCUCAGCACACUGAUGAUAGUGCCUUGUUAGUGUCGCUGUCAGGGUUGAAUCAAGUGGGCUGUGCAGCUACCCUGCCUCAUUCUUCUGCCUUCAUGCUUCUUAAGAACGAUGACAGAUCUAAUACCAUAUCAAGUUCACCUACAACAGAAACAGUUCAUCAUUCCCCUGCAUAUUCUUUUCCUGCUGCUAUUCAGAGAAACCAGGCCCAGCGCCCUGAAAGCUUCCUUUACCGAGCAGCUGUCAGGGCAGAAGCAAAUAAAGGUCAUGCUUCACCCCUUCUUUCAUCUUCUGCACCUCCCACUGACUCUGCAGAUCCCAUAACAAGACCCAAUUCAAGACAGAGAGAAGAAGAGCUGGAAUUAAUGGAUCAACUACGGAAACAUAUUGAGUACCGGUUGAAAGUAUCACUGCCUUGUGAUCUGGGAGCAGCUCUAACCGAUGGUGUUGUUCUUUGCCAUUUGGCCAAUCAUGUGCGGCCUCGAUCUGUCCCAAGCAUCCAUGUCCCCUCACCAGCUGUACCUAAAUUAACAAUGGCAAAAUGCAGGCGGAAUGUGGAGAAUUUCCUAGAAGCUUGCAGAAAAAUUGGUGUACCUCAGGACAAUCUUUGUUCCCCUUCUGACAUCCUUCAGCUAAACCUCAGCGUUAAAAGAACUGUUGAAACACUACUUUCUCUUGGGGCACAUUCAGAAGAAUCCAGUUUUGUCUCUCUGUCUAUCCAGCUUUUGGGUUUUGUGGCAUUUUAUUGUACUUUAAUGUUAACUCUCUGUCUGCUUUAUUACGGGAUCUUCCCCCUCUAGCUGAAAGAUUGCACUCCAGUGAUUUUCCACCUCAUUCCUGUGUUUGGUAAAGGAGGUUUGUUUCUUGUUACCAAGUAUUUACAUACGUGCUUUUUUUUUUUUUUUUUUUUUGGCUGUCAAACAGCCAACCAGUAAAGGAGAUAAAUCCUGUCCCCAUAUGUCCAGAUGAACAGUCCAUCACAUUAGUAAGCAUUGAUGAUUGCUAACAGAGCAGAACACCAGCAUUUUUUCUCCUGGUGAUUUGUCCAUUCUCCUGGACUGUGUCCUUUUUCCUCUUAUCACAAGUGCUGAGGUGCCUCUGAUACAAUCCUGCACCUGCUCUUAGAAUAAGACUUAGGAUAUAAUAUGACUUAGGAUAUAAAAUUCCCAAGUGGCCAUUUUUCCAACGUCUUCAACAACUGCUCAUAAAGAAAAUAAUUGCACCCUCUCCAGUUGAGGAGGCAGCUGGUCACUAAGAUCUGCAUUGAUCUGUGCCCGAAAAUCCUGCGGUAUCCUGUAUUGUGAGGCACAGGUCCACGUAACCAUUUGCUGUCUGCACAUCUGGAAGCACUGACCAUUUAGUCUUGGUAAUUUUAAUUUGAUCAGAAUGUGCAGUCCAAAAAUCAGGUAGGUUCCUUAGAUCGCUAUUCUGAGCCCAGUGUGUACAUUUAAAAUAGUCCACAACAAGCAGAUGGUCUGGAGCUGACCUUUCAGGAGUAGGCACCUGUCCAGAUUUACUGUGUUUGUUAUCAAUGAACUAGCUUCACCUCUAGAACCCUAUUUAUAAUUUAAAAUAGAAAUUUAUGUAAUUUACAGUAUAUUUGAAUCAUCUUAAUAGGUGAACUUGUACUGAAUUAGGCUGUUCAGGAGGUUGUAUCUGAACAGUAAGAACAGGUAAAGUAUCAGGCAGCGGUCUCUGCUCUGUACCCAAGGCAGUGAGUUUUAUCGUCUUCAGGAUGUCCUAAAUAUGUAAGCUGCUGGCCUUAAUGCUUGAAACUACUUCAUGAUUGCAUUCAGAUUCUAGUUCUCAUAAAUAGGGUUUCUGAACAUUCAGGAAUCUACUGAACUCAAAUAUGAAGGGGAAUUGCAGGAAACAUAACAAACACCUUGUUGUAGAAGUCAGCCUGAGGGUGUGAUUGCUUUGGUUUUCUUACAUAUUAAAUGGGACAGUUCUUUAACACAUUAAAAAACUGUUUACUAUUAAUGCUGAAAUAUUGACCUGACCACUGUGUUGAAAACCAGUUUUAUAUAGUAGUGGUGCCUUCCAGAGUUUGGAAGGCUUGCUUUGUUCUAUUUUUAAGAUGUCUCGGAGUCAAAGACCAUUCGGUUUUGUGGAGUUUUGUCCCUUUAGAAGAUAAAACACGUGGUCUUGCAGGGGGGUAGUUGUACAUUCUCUUCAGAGCACACAGCGUUCCCUCCAAGCUGGCUGGCAGGUAAAUGCGCAUCUGGAAAGCAUAAGCCUCUGAGGGAAUGUCUAAACCGCAGGCAGCAGUGUGGGGUACUUAUGGAGAAGGGAUCAGGGCAUUGACCUCAGAGAAACUAUGCUUCCCCAAGAGCAAAACACCCUGCAGGUUCAUUUUAGAAUAGUUCAUCUGUAUUGGCAGUGGUACUCAAAGUAUUUAUACAGAGUUGGUAGUUUUAUAAGGUCAAAAGAUUGCAAUUACCUUGUUUUAUCAGGAUAAGUAUUAAAGUUUUAAGCGCAAGUACCAAUAACUGUUCAAAAUAAAUGUUAUAUUUUUUAUUGCAACUAAUUUUGUAAAACUUCCUAAUAAUACAGUAAGUGCCAUUGAAAAGUCCAGUUAUCUUUUUUAAUAAAUAUGUGUAGUCUCCUUUUUAGUGGGACCAGAAUUCUACUUUCUGUCCUUUGUGAGAGCAGUGUCUGUUUUUCUGAAUAUUUAAUCUUAAAAGAAACACCAAUGAUAGGCGUUAUCCUUAAACCCUGCCUUUUUCUCUCUCAAGAAAGGCUUAACCAAACGUUAAUGAGGCAAACACAGUAGAAGUUUUUAACUUCCUUAAGCAAACAUAUAAACACUUUUCAAAUAUAUGGUGAUUGAGGUAUUCCUGACUAAACUCACAUCAUAGAUCUCCAGCAUAAUUUAAUCCAUUAAAUACCAGGAUAUGAAAUACUUCCAUUUCUUCUAUAACACAGCUGGUGGGCAUCCUUCCUGCAAGCAGUCUGGCUUCUGGCAGGAAACUAUCUUGCGUUCCUUUGGUGUAUGAUUUCCAGAGCACUUUCUCCUACAGUGUCCUAUCUGUCAGGCCUGAGCCAUGUGGUAACUUGGAACUGCUUUUCCAUUUUCUCCACCUCAUUUUAUUGAUCUGCAUUGAUCUUUUAUGUAUCAGGAAUGAAGGAUGUUGCUUUUACUCCAUAGUAUUUUGUUAUCCUCUGUUGUAUGUAGAAGUGUAUGUAACUUGUCCUUACCCCAGUUUUCAAAAUGGUCCGUUUGUACUUUUAGUUGUUUUAAUAAAGUGACGGUGUCAGGUACCAUCUCUGUGUAACUCCUGUUAACAGAGGCGAGUUUCCCAGACUGACUCUUCAUAUCUCAGUUGACUAUUAUGAGGGAGAGAAGAGAUGCUUAUUUUUUCUUUUUAGUUUGUUGAUGUUCAUCCUGUUUUCUCUUUUGUUUGUUUUUAUGUUACGUCGUUCCAUUUCAGGACCAAUUAUGUUUGCCUCUCCACAUUUUAGAAGAGAAAGGUUUGAGCCAGGUUGCGGUGACGGUCCAGGCUCUCCUGGCACUUGCCCCCCCCAAGCAGCAGCACCCGUCAUCUGCUGUGUAAGGACCCCCAGCACCUGGGCGUUGGCCUGGCCAAACCGGAGCAGGACGCGAUUGCUGCUGCCAGCCGUCUGCUUAAACAAAGCUCUUAAGUGUUCUUAAAAAGGACUGUUUCCAUGAUUCCUAACAGGAAUAUUUUGCUUCAUGCCUCCAUUUUAGGGGAGGUUAUAUUCGUUUCCAUUGAACUGUUUAGGAAGACACGGUUGGUUUUCACAAAUGAAACUUAAUUCUGUCAUUACUGAGAACGCAACACUGAAGCCUAAACUGGCUGUGCUUUCCUAGAGAGUAGGCUUGUCUCACAUACCAGAAAGAAACUCCUCAAAAGGCUAUUUAGCUCCCCUGAAAGCACAGACAUGCUAUUAUCUUUACCUGUUUCCUGUUUCUGGAGUCCUCUGGUUUCCAAAACUGGUUGUUCAUUAGAAUCUCCUGGAGCAUUUGUUAAAAUGCAGAGUCUCAUUUGGUAGGUCUAAAGCGAGGCCUGGGUAUCUGCAUUUUCAACAGAUGUGGUAGAGACCACUGUCUCAAGCUAGAUAUUUGUAUGAUGUGGGGAGUAAUGACUCCACUCUGUCAGCCACAUUUAAAAUCAGAAGCUAUAUAUUAAGAUUAUUUGGACUGUCUGUGCAAGGCAAGACAAAAAUAACAGAACUGGGUUUUUUGGACAGAAUACUUAUGUCCAGGCAGAACAAAUAUAAUGUAGAAGGCCUAGAUUUUUAUGUAGUAAAACCAUUUCAGAGAGUUAAGUUGUAUAUAAGGCCAGAGUCAUAGGCCACCCCCCUACGCAGACUGGCCACCACCACUUAAAGCUUGGUUCUGUGUGACAUCCUGCUAUUCUCCACACUUUAUAAACAGCACUCUCCACACAGGUUCCAAAUCCUUAAGCUGGUAACAGGCACUACUCACCAUUUGUAUUGAGCCCUCCCAUCCUCUUCCCCCCAUGCUGCUCCCGGGAUACCUGGACCUGCACACACCUUCCACCCACAGCAGAAUACACUUCCGGCUCCCUGACUAAUGGAAGAUUAUGAGAACAAAGCAAAGGAAAUAAAGGAAAAACCAAGUUUCUUAAUUUCUUUCAGGUAACAGCUGGUUUCCGUGGCUGAAUCAAGCCAGUUUCCGUGGCUGAAUCAAGCCACUUGUGGCAUCUUAAAAAACAGCGUGCUGUGUAUCUAGUUCAUCUAACUCUACCACUCGUGCCUUCUUUACUCAAUCAUGGGCCAAGUGAAAGGGCCCAAGAUCUCAUGUAACAAAGCUGGGAGCCUUUGUUCAGGUUUAAGUCACUAGGGUCUUUCUUACCCUGUAUUUUGAACCCCUUUUAGUUGUCAGCAUAUCUUUUGGUAUUCACUGCCUUUAUAAACCGGGUAAAUAGACUUAGUGAAGAUACUAGUUAUCCGGGGUUGUGAAUUGUUCUGGAUUUACUUUACCAAUGCAUGCAUUUGAGCAAAAUGUUCUCUAUCACGUGAAUGCAGCGUCUAAAAGUAAAAUCAUGGAGUAUCCGGUCAAAAUAAUGUUUUCUCCCUGUUCUCACAGGGAAACAAAUUCAGCAGAACAUUACCACUUUGUCCAAGUUUAAUAUUAAAGAACAUAAAGCAUCUGAGCUCAAAACCCAGUCCUUCACUGUUCUUACAGAACAAAAGUAAAAUGUCUUUUAAGUGUUUAGAGCCAGACCCCGUUAUGUUUACAGUUCCAAACAUACCCACCAAUUGGGACUUGUUUAGAAUUUGUGUGCAUUUUUAAAUUAUAGGUAUUUCUCCUUCUAGUCAACAUUAAACCUCAGUACAAUCUCUGAAUAAUAGAAGUCAUUUGAAACUCAGCAAAGAACAGGACUGUUUUGUCACCUACUAUGCAAGAAUAACCCCAGAAGACAUACAUAAUACAACAUUUGGGACAUUUGCAACUAAUUAUCCCAUAUGAAUAAAUGGAAAUUUCCACUUAUUUCACAUUUCACACAUAAUGUGAAACCUUAUUAAUGUAUUCUUAUCAAACUAAUUCAAAUUUAUAUUUGAGUUGCUAGAAAAAAAUUGUGUACAGUUUUGGUUGAUAAUGAAAGAAAAAUAAUCAAGCAUAUUGAAUUUCUUUCCUUUGUCAAGAUGCAGAAACAUUUCAUGAUGGUUUUGUUGAAAAAUUUUUGUAUUCAGUGUUUUGUAUGUACUUAAAAAAAACUGGAAAGAAAAUUUCACAUUUAGCCUUGCUAGACUGCAGUGUAAGAUGAAGACGAUGUUGUAACGGUUCCACCUGACCAUUUGUGAGCUUCCUACUGAAGCGGUGACCAGCCCAGUGCUUGAAGUGUGAACAGAGAAAAGGCUAAAGUGCCCACCCAGCAGGGCCCCUGCCAGCUACGGACAUCGUAAGUCAGCCAGGUCUCUGGAAAUAACUUAUGGGCGGAGGGGCCUUUGUAUUUAGCUAGAACAGAGUAGGGGGCUUCUUAGCAGGUCACUUUCUUUAAUAGCUUUUUAAAAUACAGCCUUACAGCUAAUCGAGGAGUCUGAUUUCUCUUACUUGCUACAGCUCAGCAGUGACUAAUGAUGUGUGACUGUGCUGACGAGUAUGAUGAAUUUUUAACAACUAAGCGCUUAAAAUGGUUAUAGAAAUGAAGGAAAACAUGGAUAUUUAGAACCCUUUUUAUAUAAGUAUUGCAGUGAGAUGGUUUACAGCAGAUUUCAUUUUAUUUCUGAAAAUGUUGUAAACAUGUAAUUAGUGAAAGAUUUUGUAAAACAUUGUCCUAUAUUUGUGUGUCUGUAAAUAUAAUGCAUAAGUUCUAAGUAUAAAUAUGUCAAUAUCAUGUAUGUUAUUUUAAAUUGCCUGUAUGCCACCUUACAUGUUGACAUUAAAAUAAAAGCCAACACUUCAAUAGCGUGAAAUAAAGGCUGAUUUGAAAAUGUU